GUAGCAUCCUGGACCACAUGGGAACUCUGUGUCUUAGCGUGUGUUAUUUUCAGGUGCUAGAGAGGCACCUCCCCUGUCUAUGGUAACAUGAUAUCAGUCCGACUAAACUGUUCCAGGACCCCGGUAGUGGAUCUAGCAAUCCGCCUCUAGCAAUAAUAAUGUGUCCGAUAUGUCUCCGAAUGAUGGUAUAUAUACGGCAGUUUUAGCGUUGCCAACUCAACAUAACCUCUUUAUUACUCUAUAGUAGCUAUCUUGAAUUGAGUGAAACCGAUUAUAGCGCUCUUACUCUCUUUCCUUGCAUUUCUUCCACAUCAAAUCUUUUCACAUAUCGCUGAGAAGGCUUCCAACUCCUUACGAUGUCGGACUUUACCGAGUUGAACAGACAAUAUUUCAGUAAACUAGCUAGUUCCUACAGGGAGGAAUUCCGACAAGGCCAGGAAUUGAUCUUCAAUGAGGUUCAAGGGCGUCGCUCAUGGAUCAGUGAUACCUGGAGCGACACCGAGUCGGGAAAAGGUCACAAAGUCAGGAUGCUCGAGUAUGCUUGCGGGCCUGGUGCUGUCUCCGCAGCGCUAGCACCGUUCGUCGACCAUAUUGUUGGCAUGGACGUAUCCGAAGAAAUGAUUAAGCAAUUUAACAUCAACGCCCAAGAAACGGGCUUUGCGGAUAAGAUGCAUGGCUACCACGGCGACCUCCUCACUGAACCCGUGCCGGACCAUCUAUCUGGGCCUGAGUUCUUCGGUUUCGAUCUCGUCGCUGUGAGCAUGGCCCUUCAUCACUUUGACAAGCCUGACAUGGCGUUGAAACGCCUUGGUGAGCGGCUGAAGAAGGACGGCAUGUUCUUGAUUAUCGAUUUGGUACCGGGGGAUGAGCACUCCUCAAAUAGCCUGCAGAAGGCAUUCCCCCAGGCAAGCGCGACAGUUAGAACACAUGGCUUCAACUCGGAAAACAUGCAAAAAUUGUUCGAAGAAGCCGGAAUGGGCCAGAAGUUCGACUACCAGGUCAUUCAGGAGCCGGUAGUGUUUAGAAAGGAGGGAAAGGAGCUCAGUAAGACUAUUUUCAUCGCUAGAGCUCAGCGCAAUUAGUACCGCCGUUAGCUUCUUAAGCAUGUUCGCUUUUAUGUCUCAGACUGUGAUGGUUGUACCAAUGACAGCAUGAGGGCGUUUGCAGGCUACAGGGUAGUCAGUUCAGUAGAGAUGAGCUCCCACAGGAAGCUCAGAGUCAGACGCCCGAGCAGAACGAGGCGGCUUCGGAUGGCCAAAACAUUUCAAGUAUCAGAAAGAGGUCAAGGGAAGUAUAUACACCAUCAGUUCAAGGUUGGUCACCAUCGUCCAAUCAGAAUUUCCGAAUAGUCAGAGGGGGAUCCGUGUUUGAGGGCACAAGAUGGCAGUAUCCCAGCAU